UGCACAUGUAGCGGUUAGCGCUACACAACUUGGCGCUGGUUCCCCCCUUCACUAGAUAAGGUGACCGCCAAACCUUCAGUACGUGACUCCACACACGGGAAUAUUUCCUUUUGGAAAAAAAGACUUGAAUAAAAGCCUUAGAGAUGGCAAGUGAAGGAGGUUCGGAGGCUGUGAAGCUGUGGGGGGGCAGGUUUGACUCCUCGACCGAUCCCGUGAUGGAACAGUUUAAUGCCUCCAUGUCGUACGACAAGGCUAUGUGGAAGCAGGAUAUACAAGGCAGUAUUGCAUACGCCAAAUCGCUUCAAAAAGCGAGCCUGUUGACUGAAGAAGAGUGUACUGCCAUUAUUGAUGGUCUAAAUGUUGUGAAAAGUGAAUGGGCCAAUCAGAGUUUUAUUAUUCAACCAGGAGAUGAAGACAUUCACACUGCCAAUGAACGGAGGCUCAAGGAACUUGUUGGCGAUGUUGGUGGUAAAGUGCACACUGGCAGGAGCCGCAAUGACCAAGUGGCUGUGGACAUGAGGUUGUGGCUUCGGGAACAUAUUACACUCCUUGUGCCUCAUUUGACUAAACUACUUAAGGUUUUUGUUGAUCGUGCCGAUGCUGAGAAGCACAUCUUGAUGCCUGGCUACACGCACCUGCAGCGGGCACAGCCCAUCCGCUGGUCCCACUGGCUACUGAGCCAUGUAUGGCCUCUAGUGACAGACUUACAACGCCUUCGUAGUCUGUAUGCACGUGUCAACAUCUGUCCUCUGGGUUCUGGAGCUUUAGCUGGAAAUCCAUUCAGCAUUGACAGAGAGAGUCUGGCUAAAGAACUUGGGUUUGGAGAAGUCACAAAAAACAGCCUUCAUGCAGUCAGUGAUCGUGAUUUUGUAGUGGAAUACAUGUUUUGGGGUAGUUUGGUAUGCUCUCACCUGAGUCGCUUAGCAGAGGAUCUCAUCUUGUACUCCACGAGCGAGUUUGGCUUCGUGAAGCUUUCCGAUGCAUACGCUACCGGCAGUUCUCUCAUGCCUCAGAAAAAGAAUCCGGACAGCCUUGAACUGAUAAGGGGAAAGGCCGGAACUAUGGCAGGAAAUUUGUGUGGUUUUUUGAUGGUUCUGAAAGGCCUGCCAUCAACCUAUAAUAAGGAUCUCCAAGAAGACAAGGUGAAGAUGUUUGAAACUGCCUCAACACUGCUGGGAAUUCUGCAAGUCGCAGCCGGAACAGUAGCAACGCUCAAAAUACACGAGGAUGUCUGUCGAAAGGCCUUGUCUGAGGAGAUGUUAUCGACGGAUGUUGCCUAUUACCUUGUCAAGAAAGGGAUGGCAUUCCGUAAUGCACAUGGCAAAGCUGGCGAAGUGGUGAAAUUAUCAGAGGAGCUUGGCUGCCACCUGUCAGACCUCACCCUAGAUCAGCUCACCAAAAUAAGUCCCUUAUUUGAAGAUGAUGUAUCAUCUGUGUGGAACUAUGAGCACAGUGUUGAGCAAUAUAAAGCAACGGGUGGGACAGCUCUUGCCAGCAUUGAUGCACAGAUAGUUAAAGCCAGGCAAUUCCUCGACACUUUCAGCCUAACACCAGCAGACAGUCAAGUCCUGUAGUUUCAACAGGAAAAGCACUCAUGGUUUGCCAAAUGGCAACUGGUUGGUUAUAAUGGAACUGCAAAACAAGCGGCAAUUCAAGUUUAUAUUAUGGAGUUAAUCAUUUUCAAUUUAAUGAUGCUUAUGUUUUAUUGAUUUUAUUAAAUGUGCUGUAAUUAAAUCUUGAGUACUGUAUAUUCCUAAUAUGAGUAGGUAGAGUAUAAAAAAUUUGGUGCAUGCAGAUAAUAGUUCUUUUAGUGAGUGAAAGAGAAUUGUGUAGGUGAACAUUGUAUCAGGAUGUGAGAGGAGACUUAAAUGUGAAUGUGGACUAAAGAAAAAUUGUGGCAAAAAAAAUUGAGUGUAUGGAAUAAAUGUGGAAAGUGAAGUGCUGGAAAUUGUGUAUCGGUUAAAAUACCUGGGAUGUGUGAUUGAUGGAAGCAGUAUUUGUGAACUUGAGAGGAGGGUAUGUUAGGUAAGGAAAGUGGCUCUUGCAAUGAAAGCUCUAAGUUUAAAAAAAAAAACCCUGCUUGAUGGGGUUCUGGGAGUUCUUCUACUCCCCAAGCCCAGCCAAAGGCCAGGCUUGACUUAUGAGAGCUUGGUCCAACAGGCUGUUGCUUGGAAUGUCCCACAGGCCCACAUAUCCACCACAGUCCAGUUGGUCCGGCACUCCUUGUAGAAAACUAUCUAGUUUUUUUAAUGUGGAAGUGGAUGCAGCCAGGGUCUGCAAGAAUUGGUGGUCGUGCCUUAUAUAUGGUAGUGAGAUUGUGGUGUAGUAUGAACAUGAAAAAUAGUCGGAGCAGUUGAAAUGGAUACAAGAAGCAUGUGGUAUUAAAAAUAGAUGAGAGUAUGUAAUGAAAAUAUAAUGAGAUCUGAAGUUUCAAUGUCAAUAAAGUGCCAGAAUGAGAUGGCAUUCAUCAAUGGCUUGGGCAUGUAGAAUGAAUGGAUUAUUGUAGACUGGUGAAGAACAUAUUUCGGUGAAUUUGAGGAAGGAAGAGCAAGGCCAAGGAAAAGGUUUGAUGAACAUGUGUGAGGAAGCGGGGAGUAACAAUGGAGUAGUGUAUUUGGAAUUAUAUAAUUCAUGAGCACUGUGCACCUAGUCGUUAGCAGCAGUCAAUCACUCCAUGUAGUGGUAGUGCUUAUCUGUGCUGCCGUUUAUUGUAUUGUGAAUGAUACAGUAAUGAUUUUCUUUAUCAAUAACUACUUUUUUGCUUUAUCACUGCUUUUACUGAUGAAUGAUGCUUUCCCAGUCAAUGAAAAUGGGAAACAGUGUAAGGUUAAUUCAUACAGGCACUAAUCAUUUGUGAUCUUUUAAGCGACAAAUUGGCGUGAAGAGUCUUUUGAGUAAUCUGCUAGUGAAAGCUUUUAGGUAUUGCUAGGCCAUUUAUGGGACUGAUGUUACAGUAGGAGAGUAGAGUGCCAGCUUUAUAUUACUGUACCAUGCAUUCUGAAAUAAAUUGUUAAACACCUUCAUGUUUA